UUUACAUUGUUGCCACAAAGGGAGGUCACUCUAGUACAGCUGCAAUGUCAAAAACCGUCAUCCUACUGUACACGGUAGCAUUUUAAAGAAAGAGUAAGCGAAAUCAACAGAUCGUCACGAUGUCAACAAUGGAGAUGGCAUUUUGGCUGGUGUCCGUUGCGUUCCUUUGGGGAUUUACUAACCCGUUCAUCAAGCGAGGAUCAAAGGGUAUUGAGUCAAUCAAACGUGCAUCCGCUGUACGACAAUUGUGUGCAGAGAUGUGGUUCCUCAUCACAAAUUGGAAGUAUAUCAUACCGUUCGUGAUAAACCAAAGUGGAUCCGUACUGUACUAUCUGACGUUGGCAUCUGCAGACUUGUCGCUUGCCGUUCCAAUCACCAACUCACUGACGUUCAUUUUUACCGCCAUAUCCGGUCAUCUGCUCGGCGAAAAAGUAUCCUCGUACAAGACGGUUGCGGGGAUGUGUUUGGUAGGACUGGGCGUGGCUCUGUGUGUGUAUGACAAAGUGAGCUGAACCUUAUCCGGGACUUUCCAUCCGACUUGAUAUUGGUUCAUAUAAUGUUGUGUAGAACAGCCAUCAUAACUAAGCCAUUAUAGAACAUGGCAGAUGGUUUAUGCAAGGAAUGUUACCUUUCGGGAAUUAGAUUUGUAAUAAAAACACUCCUCCGCAAUUAUUGCGUACACUGCUCUUUAAAAGUGCACUAUCACAGAUUUACCGAUGACAUUUUUUUUGUUUUGAAAUGAGCCAUUUUUUACGUAAAUAUCAGCAAAUCAGUGAUAUAAGACUGCUGACAAAAGAUCAGAUCGCAGAUUUUCAUAUUGCCGUUCGAAAAUUAAUCUUUUAUGGCUAAAAGCAUUACUAACAGUUUAAAAAAUGCAUAAAAUAAAAAAUAUAUAAAAAAAUAUGAAAAUCUGCGAUAUGUUUUUUUUUUGUCAACAGUCUUAUUUCACUGGAUUCCAUACAUUUUCGCAGAAAUUGGCUCGUUCCAAGACAAAAAAUAAAAAAAAGUUAUCAAAACGUUCAAUCUGUGAGAAUGAAGCUUUAAUAGUUUGUGUGUUUUUUGUACGAUUUUAUAUUAUGAUAUCGAAAAGCAAAAAGUGUCGUUAAGAACUGCUUUUAAUGCUCUAUGAUUUUGAACCAGGUUUACUUUAAUUGUUUUAAGUGCAUUUGCAUGUUUAGUAAUAUCAAACGAUUUUAUCUUAUCCCAAAGAUCUAUUCCUCUUGGAACUCAUUUCGAUGGGAAUUUAAUAUGCUCGUGAGUGUUCUAAAUCCUUCUAGUAAGAAGCACACUUAUCGUCGCGCCGUCUAUAAUAUUAACGGUGCUUCAGUGCGUCGUUGUUAGCAUCCCUGGCGGAAGAUUCCGGUGAUUCCACUUCUUCUUCACAUCUGUUCUCACUUGAGUAAUAAUCACUGUAUUAAGACAUGAUAACUCUCACUUCAAGGCAGGUGCGGUUCCAGAGUCAACAACUCAGUCUUGUCUGUUGUGAUACUUGUACUAUUAUGUUUUUGUUUGUCUGCUAUAUACUCGUGCUGGUUAUAACUGCAAUAAUUGAAGGUUCAAUUAUACAAAGAUGCACCGUCUUUCUCCCAAAUAAAAUGUAACCCAAUUAUUAGAAUUGUUUUAAUUAAACGACAAAAGGAUGAGUAAUGUCGAAAAAACAUGGUUGUAUGAAGGAUACUGUGUUUAAUUUGAAAGAAAGGUGCAAAACACACGGUAUUUCUACCUUAUGAGACGAUGUUUGAUCACUGUAAAUGUUUUAGCACUCACCAGUCAUUUAAUGUUUGUGCGUUUUCAGCUAUUAAAUGCAAGAUUACAAUCUUGGUAUCAAUAAUUAAUAUGUUCCAUUAAUUUAAGGCGUU